CUCCGCCGGGGCAGCAGCGGCCGGGCCGGGCGCGGGGCUCGGGGCGCGCAGGCGGCGGCGCGGGCAGCCCGGAGGGGCCUCGGAGCCGCGGCGGGCGGGAGCGGGGGCAGCGCGGCCGCCGCCAUGGACGAAGGGGACGCGGAGCCGCCGCUCGUGGUGGUGCCCGGCGCGGACUCGUCGUCCCGGCAGCUCUGCUUCGCCUGGGGCCCCGCGGAGGUGCUGGUGUGCGAGACCCUCUUCGGCCGCGCUGGUGGGUCCCGCUCCCGGUGCCCGUCCCGCUCCCGGUGCCCGUCCCGCUCCCGGUGCCCGUCCCGAUGCUGGGCUGAGGGCAGGGCGGGCGCUGCUGCCCCCGCGCUGACGGACUCUGUUGCAGGUACCGAGGAUGGAGCGCCGAGCUCCUCCCGCGUCUUCGUGGUCCGCAGAGAUCAGGACAUUUACAUCCAGACCCUGCGGAAACUCUUCAACGAGUCGCACGGGAUUUUCAUGGGGCUGCAGCGGAGCGAGGAGGAGCUGGCGGGGAAGUCGCGGAAGGCGCAAUUGGUUCAAGUGAGUAAAAACUACCGGUCAGUGAUAAGAGCCUGCAUGGAGGACAUGCACCAGGCAGCAGUUUCGACCCGAGACCCUGCCCUGCAAGGCCAGUACAGCACUCAGGUUUCCAUUCUGUCUGCAAUGGAGCUGAUCUGGAACCUGUGUGAGAUUCUGUUUGUUGAAGCAGCUACAGCGGGGCCGCUGCUGCUGCGCCUGCUGGACUGGGUGCGGCUGCACGUGUGCGACGUGGACAGCAUGGUCCGGGAAGUGCUGAGCAGUGAGAGCCCCUCCAAACACAAGCUCUUCUGGAACGUGGUGGAUGUGUUUGUGCUCCAAGGCCGGAUGGACGAAGCGCGGCACCUGCUCUCCAAGGAAGCCAGUGCCAAUCCCACAUCCAUGAACAUGUACAGAAUCUUGGAUGACUUGAUGAAGAAGAUGCCUGUGCCCAGUCUUAGCAACACGCAGACACUGACAGAGCUGGAGCUGAAGUGGCAGCACUGGCAUGAGGAAUGUCAGCGGUAUCUACAGGAUGGAACUUUUGCUUCCAAUCCCCACAUGGAGUCCAUCUGCAAGAUCCUGCUGGGGGACGAGGAUGCCAUUUUGGAGAAGAAGGAGCUCAUGACCACGUGGUAUCACUUCCUGGUCACCCGGCUCCUGUAUUCCCACCCCACGGUGAAGCCCAUGGAGCUGCGCUUCUAUGCACAGUCGAGUAUGGACUUGUUCCUGGGUGGAGAGAGCAGCCCUGAGCCUCUAGACAUGAUUUUAAUGGCAGCCUUUGAAUUUGAGAUGCAUCAAGUGAUCAAGGAAUGCAGCAUUGUCCUGAGCAACUGGUGGUUUGUGGCUCAUCUGACUGACCUGUUGGAUCACUGCAAACUCCUGCAGUCUCACAAUCUCUAUUUUGGUUCAAAUAUGCGUGAGUUCCUCCUGCUGGAGUAUGCCUCAGGACUCUUCUCCCAUCACAGCCUGUGGCAGCUGGGGGUGGAUUACUUUGACCACUGCCCGCAGUACGGCCGGGUGUACCUGGAGCUGCACAUCGAGCGCAUCCCGCUCAGCACGGAGCAGAAGGCCCUCAAGGUGCUGCGGAUCUGUGAGCAGAGGCAGAUGCACGAACAAGUGCGCAGCGUCUGUAAGAUCAUGGCCAUGAAGGCUCUGCGGAACAACCGCCUGGGCUCUGCCCUGUCCUGGAGCAUCCGAGCCAAGGACGCCGCCUUUGCCACGCUCAUCUCGGACCGGUUCCUUAAGGACUAUUGUGAAAGGGGCUGUUUCUCUGACCUGGACCUCAUUGACAAUCUGGGCCCGUCCAUGCUGCUCAGUGACCGGCUCACGUUCCUCGGGAAGUACCGGGAGUUCCACCGGCUCUACGGGGAGCAGCGGUUCGCGGAGGCGGCGCGGCUGCUGCUGACGCUGAUGACGGCUCACAUCGCCCCCUGCUCCUUCUGGAUGACGCUGCUCACGGACGCGCUGCCGCUGCUGGAGCAGAAGGAGGUCAUAUUUUCAGCAGAGCAGACUUACGAGUUGAUGCGAUGCCUGGAAGACCUGACAGCAGGAAAUCCAGAUAAGAAGAAAUUCCAGGACGAUGACAUUGAAACAACCAAAGUGGAAAUGCUGAGACUUGCUCUUGCUCGGAACCUCGCACGGGUCAUCGUCAAAGAAGGCACCGUGGAAGGGUCUUGAAGACUGCAGGGUGUUCCUCUUCCUCUGGGGCUUGCUGUACAUAAACUGACUUUUUCUAAGAAUAAAUGUUUUCUUUUGCAGA